CAGUUUUUACGGUGGGUGGUGAGGGGCUACUGCUCCAGUGGCCUCAGCAGGUGCAAGUGCGGGAACACUUUUGCCCGUGGCUCACGAACCCGUGGGCACUGCGCCGCCUGCGAGCACCUCUGAUCUCUGUCCUUUCUCCACCUGCGGUAAAACAUUCACUAAUCUGCUCGCUCUGCCUCCUACCUCCCGCCUUGGGGGGCGGUGACCUAGCCAACCCCCUGCCUGGAAGGGCGCUAGGAGGGGAGGAACGCCCAAGGCUGCCGCGGCCUCUGCACGCGCGGGAGCCGAAGGCAAGGAGGACACCGCCAGCCGCAGCCUCCCGGAGCGCAUUGCAGCCGGGACGGCGGACAACCCUGCGGAGCCGAGGGCGAUCGGAGGCGGACGCGAGACCGACCGGGUCCGGGGAGCAGGAAAGGAACCAUGGCCCUAGGCUGCCCGCGCCUUUGGGUCCUGGUGGUCUUGGGCGCCAGCUGCGCAGGCUGGGGGAGCUGGGGGGCCGAAGCGGCGCGGCUAAGGCAGUUCUACGUAGCUGCCCAGGGCAUCAGCUGGAACUACCGCCCUGAGCCCACCACGCUGAGUUCAAAUCCUUCCUUUAAGAAAAUUGUCUACAGAGAGUAUGAACCAUAUUUUCAGAAAGAAAAACCACAAUCCAAAACCUCAGGACUUCUUGGGCCUACUUUAUAUGCUGAAGUUGGAGACAUUGUGAAGGUUCACUUCAAGAAUAAGGCAGACAAGCCCGUAAGCAUCCACCCUCAAGGAAUUAAAUACAGUAAAUUCUCAGAAGGUGCUUCUUACUCUGACCACACAUUCCCUGUGGAGAAGAUGGAUGAUGCCAUACCUCCAGGCCAGGAAUACACCUACGAGUGGAAGAUCAGUGAAGACAGCGGGCCCACACACAAUGACCCCCCAUGCCUUACACACAUCUAUUACUCCUAUGAAAAUUUGAUACAGGACUUCAACUCCGGGCUGAUUGGACCUCUGCUUAUUUGUAAGAAAGGCACCCUCACUGAGGAUGGGAUUCAGAAGAUGUUUGACAAGCAACAUGUGCUGAUGUUUGCCGUGUUUGAUGAAAGCAAGAGCUGGAGCCAGUCAUCAUCUUUAAUGUACACGGUCAAUGGCUAUGUGAAUGGGACGAUGCCAGAUAUCACAGUUUGUGCCCAUGACCACGUCAGCUGGCAUCUGAUUGGAAUGAGCUCUGGGCCAGAGCUGUUCUCCAUUCAUUUCAACGGCCAGGUCUUGGAGCAGAAUCAUCAUAAGAUCUCAGCUAUCACCCUUGUCAGUGCUACGUCCACUACAGCAAACAUGACUAUGAGCCCACAGGGAAAGUGGAUCAUAUCUUCUCUCAUCCCAAGACAUUUUCAAGCUGGGAUGCAGGCUUACAUAGACAUUAAAAACUGUGCGAAGAAAACCAGGAAUCCUAAGAAACUAACUCGUGACCAGAGGCGGCACAUGAAGAGGUGGGAAUACUUCAUUGCUGCGGAGGAAGUCAUUUGGGACUAUGCACCAAUAAUACCAGCGAAUAUGGACAAAAAAUACAGAUCUCUGCAUUUGGAUAAUUUCUCAAACCAAAUUGGAAAACAUUAUAAGAAGGUUGUCUACAAACAGUAUCAAGAUGAGUCUUUCACCAAACGUUUGGAGAAUCCAAAUAUCAAAGAAGAUGGGAUCUUGGGCCCUAUUAUCAGAGCCCAGGUCAGAGACACACUCAAAAUCGUGUUCAAAAAUAUGGCCAGCCGCGCCUACAGCAUUUACCCUCAUGGAGUGACCUUCUCUCCUUACGAAGAUGAAGUCAACUCUUCCUUCACGUCAGACAAUAGCACCAUGAUCCGAGCAGUUCAGCCAGGGGAAACCUAUACUUAUAAGUGGAACAUCCUAGAGUCUGAUGAACCCACAGAAAAUGAUGCCCAGUGCCUAACAAGACCAUACUACAGUAAUGUGGAUGUCACAAGGGACAUUGCCUCUGGGUUGAUCGGGCUACUUCUGAUUUGUAAGAGCAGAUCCCUGGAUAAGCGAGGCAUACAGAGGGCUGCAGACAUUGAGCAGCAGGCCGUGUUUGCUGUGUUUGAUGAGAACAAGAGCUGGUACAUUGAGGACAAUAUCAACAAGUUCUGUGAAAAUCCUGAUAAGGUGAAACGUGAUGACCCCAAGUUUUAUGAAUCGAACAUCAUGAGCACGAUCAAUGGCUACGUGCCUGAGAGUAUACCCACACUCGGAUUCUGCUUUGAUGACACUGUCCAGUGGCACUUCUGCAGUGUGGGGACCCAGGAUGAUAUAUUGACCAUUCACUUCACUGGGCACUCAUUCGUCUAUGGAAAGAGACACGAGGACACCUUGACCCUCUUCCCCAUGUGUGGGGAAUCUGUGACCGUCACAAUGGAUAAUGUUGGAACUUGGAUGUUAACUACAAUAAAUUCCAAUCCAAGAAACAAAAACCUAAGGCUGAGAUUCAGGGAUGUUAAGUGUAUCCGGGAUGAUUAUGAAGACUCAUAUGAGAUUAUAUAUGAUCCUUCAGCACCGACAGUCAUGACUACACGGAAGAUGCGAGAUUCUUCAGAAAACAGGGCUGAAGAGCGUGAUGCUGACUAUGAUUACCAGAACAACCUGGCUUCAUGGUUAGGAAUUAGGUCAUUCAGAAAUUCCUCACGGAAUCAGGAGGAAGAUGAGUUUAAUCUUACUGCCCUGGCUCUGGAGAACAAUUCUGAAUUCAUUCCUCCAAGUACCGAUACAGCUGCCAGUUCAAAUUCUUCUUCCCUGAGUAACAUUAGCAGGCUUAUUGUCUAUAACUUUGCAAAACCUCAGAAAACUCUUCCUCACCCAGCAGGCACCACAGCUGAUCCCCCUCUGGGACCCAUUGGCUUAGACAAGAACUCAGCUCUCAACCGUUCGACCACAGAGCAUUCCAGCCCUUAUUCUGAAGACUCGAUGGAGGACCCUCUACAGUCAGAUAUCACAGGAGUAAGCCUACUUCCACUUGAUGCAGAAGGAUUCCAGAGUCAAGAACAUGCUAAGCAUAAGGGAUCCAAGAAAGAAAGAGAGCACACAGCAAAGCACAAGUUCUCCCAGGUGGGAUUUUCAGCACAUAAAACUGGGAGACAUUUAAGCCAAGGCAACUCUUCUCCUUCCAGAAGGGGACCUUGGGAAGACCUUCCCAAUGAGCUGUUCCUCUUAAAACAAAAGAAUCCAUCCAAGAUUUUGAAUGGGAAGUGGCAUGUGGUGUCUGAGAAAGGUAGUUAUGAAAUAGUCCCAGAUGCUGAUGAAGACAUGGCUGUGGACAAGGUGCUGGACAGCCCCCAGAAUGCCUCAAGGACUUGGGCAGAAAACAUCCCUCUCACAGACAAGCACAGAAAGCUGAGUGGCCACCCAAAAUUUUCUGGAAUUAGAAAUAAACCUCUACAAGUGAAACAGGAUGGAGGCAACAGUGGAUUGAAGAAAAUCCCUUUUUUCAUUAAAACACGAAAAAAAAAAGAAGAGAAGUUUGCACACCAUACUGCUCUAUCUCCGAGGGGCUUCCACCCUCUAAGAGGAAAGGGCAAUACCACAUUUUCAGACAGGAGAUUUGAUCAUUCAUUGUUACCCCAUAAAUCCGGUGAAACAUCUUUUCCCACAGACCUCAAUCAGACAUUCUCCUCUGUGAAUCUUAGCCUAUUAGCCUCACUUCUUGACCAUAAUCACAAUCCCCCAAAUGACACCAGUCAGACAAGCUCCCCUUUAGAUCGUUAUCAGACAAUACCCCCAGAAGAACACUAUCAAACUUUCCCUAUUCAAGACUCCGAUCAAAUGCACUCUACUACAGACUCUAGCCACACAUCUCCCCCAGAGCCUGGCCAGAUGCUCGACUAUGACCUAAGAAACAAGCCAUUCCCUACUGACAUUGGUCAAAUGUUCCCUUCCUUGGAAUAUGAAGCCUGGCAGACAACCUUUUCUCCAGACCUUGACCAGACAAACUUUUCUCCAGACCUUGACCAGACAACAUUUUCUCCAGACUUUGACCAGACAACAUUUUCUCCAGACCUUGACCAGACAACAUUUUCUCCAGACCUUGACCAGACAACACUUCCCCCAGACCUCGGCCAGACAACCUUUUCUCCAGACCUGGACCAGACAACCUUUUCUCCAGACCUGGACCAGACAACCUUUUCUCCAGACCUGGACCAGACAACCUUUUCUCCAGACCUUGACCAGACAAACUUUUCUCCAGACCUUGACCAGACAACAUUUUCUCCAGACUUUGACCAGACAACAUUUUCUCCAGACCUUGACCAGACAACAUUUUCUCCAGACCUUGACCAGACAACACUUCCCCCAGACCUCGGCCAGACAACCUUUUCUCCAGACCUGGACCAGACAACCUUUUCUCCAGACCUGGACCAGACAACCUUUUCUCCAGACCUGGACCAGACAACCUUUUCUCCAGACCUUGACCAGACAAACUUUUCUCCAGACCUUGACCAGACAACAUUUUCUCCAGACUUUGACCAGACAACAUUUUCUCCAGACCUUGACCAGACAACAUUUUCUCCAGACCUUGACCAGACAACACUUCCCCCAGACCUCGGCCAGACAACCUUUUCUCCAGACCUGGACCAGACAACCUUUUCUCCAGACCUUGACCAGACAAACUUUUCUCCAGACCUUGACCAGACAACAUUUUCUCCAGACUUUGACCAGACAACAUUUUCUCCAGACCUUGACCAGACAACCUUUUCUCUAGACUUUGAGCAAACAACCUCUUCUCCAGACCUCGACCAGACAACCCUUUCUCCAGACCUCGACCAGACAACCCUUUCCCGAGACCUCAGCCAGACAACACUUUCCCCAGACCUUGGCCAGACAAGCUUUUCUCCAGACUUUGACUGGACAACCUUUUCUCCGGACCUUGACCGGACAACAUUUUCUCUGGACCUUGAUCAGACAACCUUUUCUCUGGACCUUGACCAGACAACCUUUUCUUUAGACCUUGACCAGACGACCUUUUCUCCAGACCUUGACCGGAUGACCCUUUCCCCAGACCCUGACCAGACAACCUUUUCUCUAGACCUUGACCAGUCAACCUUUUCUCCAGACCUUGACCGGAUGACCCUUUCCCCAGACCUUGACCAGACAACCUUUUCUCUGGACCUUGAGCAGACAACCUUUUCUCCAGACUUUGACCAGACAACAUUUUCUCCAGACCUUGACCAGACAACCUUUUCUCUAGGCUUUGACCAGACAACCUUUUUUCUAGACCUUGACCAGACAGCCUUUUCUCCAGACCUUGACCAGACAACCCUUUCCCCAGACCUCGGCCAGAUAACCUUUUCUCCAGACCUUGACCUCAGUCAGACAACCCUUUCCCCAGACCUCAGCCAGGAGACUCUCUCAUCAGACAUCAGCCAGACGACCCUUUCUCUAGACCUCGAUCAGAUGCUCCCUUCCCCAGACCUCAGUCAGGCAACUGUCUCUCCAGACAUUAGUCAAACGUCCUUUCCCCCUGAUCUAGAGACAUCACUUCCUCUAGACCUUGAUCAGACAUCCUACACCUCUGAAUCUAGUCAGUCAUUUCUUCUUCCAGAAUUUGGUCAGACUUUCCCUUAUCCAGACCUUGGUCAGGUGCCGUCUCUCCCACCGUCUCCUACCCUAAAUAACACUUUUAUGCCAAGAGAAUUUAACCCACCAGUGUUAGUAGGCCUCAGUGCAAAUGAUGGAGAUUAUAUUGAGAUUAUUCCCAGGCAGAAGGAAGAGAGCAGUGAAGAAUACACUGCUGAAAUUGAUUACGUGGCCUAUGAUGACCCUUACCAAACUGAUACUAGGACAGACAUUAACUCCUCCAGAAAUCCUGACAACAUUGCAGCAUGGUACCUCCGCAGCAACAAUGGAAACAGAAAAUAUUAUUACAUUGCUGCUGAAGAAGUAUCCUGGGAUUAUUCAAAAUUUGCUCAAAGUGAAGACGUUGAUGAUAUUCCAGAGAACACCAUAUACAAGAAAGUGGUCUUUCGAAAGUACCUCGAUAGCACUUUCACCAAACGUGAUCCUUUGGGGGAGUAUGAGGAGCAUCUCGGCAUUCUUGGUCCUAUCAUUAGAGCUGAAGUGGAUGAUGUCAUCCAAGUUCGUUUUAAAAAUUUAGCAUCCAGACCAUAUUCUCUUCAUGCCCAUGGGCUUUCCUACGAAAAAUCCUCAGAGGGAAAGACUUAUGAGGACGACUCUCCUGAAUGGUUUAAGGAAGAUAAUGCUGUUCAGCCAAACAGCAGUUAUACGUACGUAUGGCACGCCACCGCUCGAUCCGGGCCGGAAAAUCCUGGCUCUGCCUGCCGGGCUUGGGCCUACUACUCAGCAGUGAACCCGGAAAAAGAUAUCCAUUCUGGCUUGAUAGGUCCCCUUCUGAUCUGUCAAAAAGGAGUGCUUGAUAAGACCAACACGCCCAUGGAUAUGAGAGAAUUCGUCUUACUUUUUAUGGUCUUUGAUGAAAAGAAGAGCUGGUACUAUGAAAAGAAGGCCCAGUCCCCAAGGUCUUGGAGACUUGCAUCCUCAGACGUAAAAAAGUCCCAUGAGUUUCAUGCCAUUAAUGGGAUGAUCUACAACUUGCCUGGCCUGAGAAUGUACGAGCAGGAAUGGGUGAGGCUGCACCUGCUGAACAUGGGCAGCUCCCGAGACAUCCACGUGGUUCACUUUCACGGCCAGACCCUGCUGGAAAAUGGCACUCAACAGCACCAGCUAGGGGUCUGGCCCCUGCUGCCUGGUUCAUUUAAAACUCUUGAAAUGAAGGCAUCAAAAUCUGGCUGGUGGCUCCUCGACACGGAGAUUGGAGAAAACCAGAGAGCAGGGAUGCAGACACCAUUUCUCAUCAUAGACAGAGAAUGUAAGAUGCCUAUGGGACUAAGCACUGGUGUCAUAGCUGAUUCACAGAUCAAGGCUUCUGAGCAUCUGGGUUAUUGGGAGCCCAAAUUAGCAAGAUUAAACAAUGGUGGGUCGUAUAAUGCUUGGAUCACAGAAAAACCUUCAGCAGAACUUGACUCUAAACCUUGGAUCCAGGUGGACAUGCAGAGGGAAGUCAUAUUCACAGGGAUCCAGACUCAAGGGGCCAAACAGUAUCUGAAGUCCUACUACACCAUGGAGUUCUCUGUGGCAUACAGCUCUGACCGGACAAACUGGCAGAUCUUCAAAGGGAACAGCACAAAGAAUGUCAUGUACUUUGAUGGCAAUUCGGAUGCCUCUACAAUAAAAGAGAAUCGGUUUGACCCACCUAUUGUGGCUAGAUAUAUUAGGGUCUCUCCAACUAGAUCCUAUAAUAGACCUGCCCUUCGAUUGGAGCUGCAAGGUUGUGAGGUUAACGGAUGCUCCACACCGCUGGGUAUGGAAAGUGGAAAGAUAGAAAACAACCAAAUCACGGCAUCCUCAUUUAAAAAAUCUUGGUGGGGAGAUUACUGGGAACCCUUCCGUGCCCGUCUUAAUGCCCAAGGUCGUGUGAAUGCCUGGCAAGCCAAGGCAAACAACAACAAACAGUGGUUACAGAUUGAUCUGCUCAAAAUCAAGAAAAUAACUGCGAUUGUAACACAGGGUUGCAAGUCUCUGUCCUCCGAAAUGUACGUGAAGAGCUACACCAUCCACUACAGUGACCAGGGAAUGGAAUGGAAGCCCUACAGGCAGAAAUCCUCCAUGGUGGACAAGAUUUUCGAAGGAAAUAAUAAUAUCAAAGGACAUGUGAAGAACUUUUUCAACCCACCAAUUAUUUCCAGGUUUAUCCGCAUCAUUCCUAAAACAUGGAACCAAAGUAUUGCACUUCGCUUGGAACUCUUUGGCUGUGAUAUUUACUAGAAUUGAAUAUUCAAAGACAUAGGAAGGACUCUUAAAGAUACUAAGCCAUUUAGAGAGGGCAAUGUAUUUUAUAGCUAUUUUAAAUGUUAAUAAUUGUCAGUAUUUCCCUUUUUUCUAUUAGAGAAUAAAAUUUUAUAUAUGAAACUUUCAUAAUGUAAACUCCUUGCUACAAUUCAGUGAGAUGAUGGCUAUUAAUUCUUCAUUAAUCUGAAUAUAGGUGGGAAAAUAUCAAGAACCAACGAGCAAAUGGAUUCUUUCACAAUGAUUAAAAAUGCUGUGUAAAGUAAUAUUUAUGUAGUUAGCAUGCUUCAUUAUAGUUCUUUUAAAACCUACACACACUAAUAAAAGAGAUAAUACUUUUUAAAAA